CUUGUGUUACCUUUCUUGGGGAAGCGUCUUGAAGUUGCACACAGCCAUGGCACGUGUGACGCCCUCUGAGUUCGGCCUUACUGAAGAGCUUACCUGUUCUGUGUGCUGCGAUCUGCUGAAUGAGCCAGUCAUGUUAGACUGCAUGCACCACUUCUGCAAGGCCUGCAUCCUACGCUUCUGGAGCUCCUCACAGCAGGACCCCUCAUGUCCGCACUGUCGCAGAGUCAUUCCCAACAGGUUCUUUCGGACCAAUCACCUUCUUCAAAAGGUGGUUGAACAAGUGAAAAAGUGCAGCACAUCAGACUACUACCGAAAAACCCAGAAAUAUCUCAAUGAUCUUCUGAAUGAAAAAGAAAAUCAGUCUUUAAAGCUGGGGCAGAUGAAGCGAGAAGCUGAGAAAAAGAUAAGUGAAGUGGAGGAAACUGGCAAGGAAAUCUGCCAACACAUUGCAGACGAGUUCAAGCACCUACGUGAGAUUUUAGCUAAGGAAGAGAAAGCAAUGCUGUCUGUGGUACAGGAGGAAGAGAGAGAUGCAGUGAGCUUGCUGCAGGAUGUGGUGCAGAAACUGGAGAAGCAGAUUAGCGAUCUGUCUGAGGAAAUGGUCUCAAUCUAUAGGACACAGAAAAAGACUGGAGAUUCCUUCUUUGUGGAGGCUGAAGCAGUAAAGAAAUGGAAGCCUUUGAGUAUAGACUCUUCAGUCCUGUUAAACCCUGACAUGUUUGACAGCGCAUGCAAGGGUCCAGUUCAGUACAUGGUGUGGCGCAGAAUGCUUAAAUCCAUUCACCCUGUCCCAGCACCUCUGACCUUUGACCCUGCCUCCGCUCACCCAAGCCUUAUAUUCUCUCAUGACUUUAGGAGUGUAAUGGAGAGCGAGAGACCUACCUCUAUUCCCAGUGCCGACAUGUCCCAUCGUUACUUGCAGAGCAUCAAUGUAUUGGCAUCGCAAAGCUUCAGCAGUGGACGUCACUACUGGGAGAUCUGGGUGGGCAAUAAGACAAAAUGGGAUGUGGGGUUAGCUUCUAGUACUGUGAAUCGUAAAAUCCGUGUCAAGUUGUCCCCAGAGAAUGGCUACUGGGCCAUUCGUCUGCGGGGUUAUCAGCAAUAUUGGGCUGCAUCUUGUCCCUGGACACCUCUUCAUGUAGAUACGCCUUUAAAAAAGAUUGGAGUUUAUUUGGAUUGUGGUGAGGAGCAAGUUUCAUUUUUCAAUGCUGACAACAUGACUCAUUUGUACACAUACAGGGGUAUUGAUGCAGACUGUUUCUAUCCUUUCUUCAGCACUUGUUUUAGAGAUGGACAAAAAAACUCAGAACCAAUGAGGAUAAAUCUCCUAAAUAUAUGAUCAGUGCUAAUAUUAUAACAGAUGACUGGUAAAAUCCCUGAUCGAUUUUAUAUCAAAAUCAACUUGGUCUCCUCUGUAAUUACAUUUCUCAAUGGUACCGCAAAUUGCUCUCGUCUUUAUGUAAAUAAGUUUAAUGAAAUCUUCCAUGGAAUGAUUUUAUUUUUUUUAAUUAGCAAUUUAUAUUUAGACAUAUCCAGAUAUUUUACAUUUUUGCUCCCAAAUUCUGUUUUGACAUUUCUUUUUCAGAUUUCCAUGUUUAAGAAGCUUAAGGGUUCUGGGAAUAGGGUGUCUAAGUUCUUUGGAUCUUCACAAUCACAAGUAGUGUAAUAAAAAUGGUUCAUGUUUCUGGCUAUUCCUUAUUCUGUGGGCAAAAAUGUUUAUUGUACUUUUUAAAUGUAAUUAAGUUAUUAGUGUUCUCAUACUGAUAUGAUUUAUUUAUUCAUAAUAAAAUUUAUAUUUGCUUCA